AGCCAUGGCGCUUGCGAAACUGAGCCUUGGACAGACGGAUGCAAAAAUCACUGUGGUAUAUAAGCCCGAUAUAUCGUGCCUCUGGUGACAGGCCAGCAACUUCGACAUCCAGUCUACAGUAGCAUUCAGCAACUUCCUUUCGCUUUCAGCGCCGUUUCUUUUACAUUCUUUCGCCCAGGUCGGCAUUUGCAAUUUGUUUUAUUUACAAACACCGUCCAAGAGCUAGUCUCUCGUUUUACUCUUCUCACACUUACAACCGUUAAAGUUUACUGUUUUUACGACCAUCCUUUACGGACCCAAACAGCAACAUGGUUUCCAAGACAUUUAUCCUUGCGGCGACGAUUGCCUAUGUCGAGGCCCGGUUUGGCCAGGAGCAGGUUCCCAUUGCCGCUAUUAGCAAAGUCCAGGGUGGUGCUAGUGGUGCCGCUGCCACCAUUGCAGGCGCCGCCAUCUCUGAUUUGCUGGGUGCAGCAAACUCAUGUGCCAAGCUUGUCCGGGCCGAUCAGAUCUUUACUGAACUCGGUGGCGGUGCCGAUGCCCUGACUGCCGCCAUUGGCAUGGUCACGGCCGAGAAGAACACAAACCCUUUUGCCAACAACAACGUUCAGAAUGUCUGUGGUGAUCCCUCGCUUCCUGCUACCGCUCAGCUCCGUGGUAUCACUCCACUCAUCGACCCAGCCGUUGAUGUCAACGGUGCUGCUGCUGCUCUUAGCAAGAGCAGCGCUGCUUCCCCGCUUAAAGCUGAUGGCCUGAGUGUAUUUGAUCUUAUGAGCCAGGCCGGUCUUGGAGACCUAGUUGCUAGUCAGGCUUCUGCUGGUGGUGCGGCUGCAGGUGGAAACGCAGCGGCCAACAACGGAAAUGCAGCAGCAAAUAAUGGAAAUCAGGCUUCUGCCAACAACAACAACAAGAAUAACCGGGCUACGGGAAACAACAAUAACAACAACCAGGCAACUGGAAACAACAACGGCAACGGUAACGGUAACAACCAGGCAACUGCUGGUAACAACCAGGCUGCUACUGGAAACAACAACAAUAAUAAUAACGGCAAACAGGCUGCUACUGGCAAUGCCAACGCUGGCAACAAUAACAACAACGCCAACCAAGGUGCUACUAACAAUAAUGCAAACAACCAGAACAACAACAACGCCAACACUGGAAAUAAUGCGGCCAACACCGGUAACAAUGCUGCCAACACUGGAAACAACGCCAACACGGGCAACAAUGCCGCCAACGCUGGCGCAGCAACAGGCGCAGCAGCAGGCGGCGAGUUCGGAAAAUGCACACCCACCAUCACCUUCCAAGGUGGCGAAGGCUCGCGUCCACCCACGGAAUUCACCUUCCAGAUUGCCGACCCGCUGGCUCGCGGCGGCCAAGGCGAAGCCCUCAACCCAGACAUCAUCACCAACGCGCUGUGCAACCAGCUCACCAACGUGUGUGGUGCCAGUGCCCAGGGCGUGGCUACGUGCAAGAGUGCCCAGGCCGCUGUCAAGGGUGGACCCAGGAACAAGAGCACGGCUGAUAAGUUCAACUCGCUCGUUGGCUUCCCCGGUGCUGUGACGAACCCCGCUGGUGGCCCCGCUGAUGUUCCUGCUGCUGCCGGUGCUGCUGCCGGUGGUGCGAGGAAGAUGCGCAGGGGCUUGAGGUUGUAAGUGUCUGACCAGGCACUUGUUUUCUCUACCUCUCUACCUCUCUGUUGAGUGAGUGAAUGGUGAAAAUAAAACAAUAUGGUGGUCCGUUUUGUGUUGACAACGAACUGUGUAACAUGGUGGGGAUUCUCUUGUACGAUAUAUGGGAUGGAUGAAUGGAUGGAUGGAUGGAUGGGACUUGGAAUGACGAUAUCCCC